GUGAAAGAUUAUCUGACAAUUUGCCUGGAACACUCUUUCCACCUGAUGCUUCACGGUCAGAUUGAGGAAGCGAAGCAGCAGCUGUCCGUCGCUGAGAGCUGGAGAUACGGGAAAGAGUCAAUUUCUCAGCAUCAGCGAGUUAAACUGAUUCAGGCAUACAGAAGCCUGUUGGAUUAUAUGAUCUGGUGUGACAAAAAAUACACACUCACCAAAAACAAUUCAAUUGAAUCUGACAACCAAGGAAUGCAGACCCUCUUCAGACAAGCCUCUGUCAAUUUUAAAGAACUUUUAAGAAACCCUGGAGUCUGGGAUCCCUUCGUUCUUAGUUAUGUUGAGAUGCUGGAGUUUUAUGAGGAUUACGAGGAAGCUCUUAAUGUCUUGAACGACUACGCGUACGACAACAGCUUUCCCCCAAAUCCCAAUGCACACGUCUAUAUUUACCAGUUCCUCAAGCGACACAACGCUUCUGAGAAGAAACUGGUGAAAGUGUUAAAGAACCUCCAUCUAUUAGUGCCAAGCCAUGAGCUGAUGUUGGAGUACAGUUUUCUCUUGCUUCAAUCAGAGAGAACCAGUGAUGUUCGUAAAGCUUUCGCCGUCCUCCUCGACAUGCUCGACUUCGCCUGCUGGAGGAGCAACCUGGACGUGUGGAAGUCUUUACAGGACGCCAUUCACCAACUGCUUUCACAGAAUGAAGGGCAGAUGAUCAUUCAAGAGUAUAUGGGUUUAAGAAAAGACUGGUGGCCCAAGUUGCAUUUCACAAGGUCUCAUGCAAAGAAAGACUCGGAGGAGAACGCCAAACUUUUGGAGGUCAAGGCAUCGCUGGCAGAAAUACUUUGUCCAGGUCGAGCCCUGAGGUACACCGCUGAGCCAUUGCCGACUUGAGUGGGAUUGUUGGCAUGUAAAGGAAAACCCCAAGUUCAACUUUCCUUUUCUUUUCAUAAUGUUUCUUUUUAGAGGAAGACCUCUUACUUCUAUCACCACUGAAUUUUAAGGUCAAGAUUAAGAAAUGUCACGUUUACCCUAUAAUGUCCUAAACAGUUCUCUUGUUUUCUAUUAAUUUUGCCCUGAACUCUUUAUUUUGCAAUAAAUAAAAAGAACCACA